AUGCACUCCCAUCUUAAGAGUUUUGCAACUCGAUUCAGGUCAUGUAGGGAUAAAAAGAACUGUAAGGUGGUCUUUUCCCAGCAGGAACUGAGGAAGCGGCUAACACCCCUGCAGUACCAUGUCACUCAAGAGAAAGGGACAGAAAGUGCCUUCGAAGGAGAAUAUACACAUCACAAAGAUCCUGGAAUCUAUAAAUGUGUUGUUUGUGGAACUCCUUUAUUCAAGUCAGAAACCAAAUUUGACUCCGGUUCAGGUUGGCCUUCAUUCCAUGAUGUGAUAACUCCUGACUCCAUCACAUUCACAGAUGACUUUUCCUACGGGAUGCAUAGAGUGGAGACAAGCUGCUCUCAGUGUGGGGCUCACCUGGGACACAUCUUUGAUGACGGACCUCGUCCAACUGGCAAAAGAUACUGCAUCAAUUCAGCUUCACUGUCUUUCACACCAGCAGAGACCAGCAGUGCCGAAGGGGCCAGUGCAGUGGGCAACCCAGCCCAGGCAGACAAGAAGGAGCUGUAGUGUAACCAAGAGGGAUAGAAACGAAUAUACUUAAAGUGUACUUAAUGCACAGCUUGUUAAUGAAAGUCAAAAUCGUCUCAGAUAUAUUUU